AUGACUGGCAUCCUACACAAGGUUAAGGAAGCCAUCACUACACAUGGCCACCAUGGCUCUUCGGAUCAGUCCCAUGCCAAUACCUCCAAACAGACCGACAACAACACUACUCCUCCUGCUUACAACAAACCCAAGAACACCAGCACCGACAACUCUGUUCGGCGGGACUGCUCUGUGUCUCCUAGAACCAGCAUCUCCGGUGGCUCUGGUGGUCAUGACGCCUCGACACAUGACAGCAACCCUGUGAACAAGACUGAUAAUCGAGUGGACGGUGCCUUCUGGAACACUCAGGCUAGCGAUGAUAUCAGCCGGUUCUACAGAGAGGUCCGUCAAUCAAGCAUCGGUGGGUUUGGUGUGAUCCACGCCUCUGGGAGUAAAGGACCGACCACCACGAAGACUUUUGACCCUCAUGCUACCCUCGACGGUGUCGCUCAUGCUAGCUCGCAUAUCGCAGGACCACAAAGUUUCGAUGUGGUUAACAAAAUGGACACGCGUGUGGAUUCUGAUCUGGGUGGAUCUAGUAGCGUGGGAGCCCAGCAUUGA